GUUUCUUCCGCGCAAACUGAAACACUGCUUGCCAAAAAACAAAAGCUAAUGCAAGCAUUUUCAGAAUAUGAAACUUCAAACAUAAAAAUGUUGUCGUUAGAUAAAAAUGCUAACCUCGAAAGCGACAUAACAGAGGUCGAAAAUAAGUACUAUAGCAUUCUCACUAUAAUAAACAAUGAGAUUAGUCGUCGUGAGCGCGAUUCCAACCAGCAAGCUUCGUCCCCAUCAUGUAAAUUAAAAUUACCAGCAAUUGAUGUGCCUGUUUUCAGUGGAAAGUUUACGGAUUACACGCCUUUCAUCAACUUAUUUAAUUCAUUGAUUGAUAGUAACAAAUCUAUUGAUUUUGUUCAAAAGCUAUACUAUUUACGAUCUUAUUUGAAAGAUGAGGCGCUAGACCUAAUAAAAAACUUACCACUGACGGCAGAUAGUUACAAUAAGGCCAUUACUCUAUUGGACAAUAGGUAUAACAAUAAGUUUAGAAUUGUAAACGAACAUAUUACCACCAUCCUUGAUAUGAAACCUGUAACAAAAUCAACAGCAAGCAAUCUUAGGGAAUUUGUUGCUACAGUUAGACAGGAACUUGCUGCAUUAUCCAACUUAGAGCCAAAUACGCAAUAUUGGGAUGCUAUAUUGUUGUGUGUUCUAUCCCGCAAACUAUAUUUGUUCACGAGCCGAGCGUACCAGCUUGAGAGGGACACCCAGCAAGAUCCAACAAUGGACGACUUCCUUGCCUUCCUGACCAAGAGGGCCCUGGCGAUGGAGAAUGCUGAACCAGGUAUCGGCCAACAGCGGCUGCAGCAGCCCAGAGAUCCAAGGGAGCAGUAUCGAGGUCCAGCAGGCAGAGCAGUAGUUACCAAUGCUACGGCUCAACCACCAGCUUGUCUAUACUGUCCUGCUGCCGACGUCGGAGUCGCCGGAGCCUCCGAGCUUCCAGUUGGCGCCACCGCGUGAGCGUCCGCAGCAUGCAUCCUCUGCCACCGUCCAUCAGCUACGUCUAAUCAACACACACCUGGGCUACAUAGUUGGAGGC